AUUCUAUCCAAAUAAACAGACAACCGGAAGGGUAAACAUGUAAUUUCCUCCACGCUUCCUUGCGACCUUUUUUAAGUUGGACUCUCUCUCUCAAAAAACAAAAAACAGAGCAAACUUUUGAAAAGCAGAGCUUCAUUUUUCUGCUAAAUUCAAACGAAGAGACGAACGAUCGGGGCGGGGAGAUGGGAGAUGUAAUAUUAUUCAUCGAAGAUUCCGAUUUAAAAUCGAGUAUCUCUCGCUGCAGAAUCUGUCACGAAGAAGAAGCCGAGAGCUACUUUGAAGCUCCUUGUUCUUGUUCAGGAACAGUCAAGUUCGCUCACAGAGAUUGCAUACAACGAUGGUGCGAUGAGAAAGGAAACACGAUUUGUGAAAUUUGUCUCCAGGAAUACAAACCUGGAUAUUCCACAACUUCAAAACCACAAGCAGCAGUCACAAUCAGAGAUGAUAUACAUAUAGCGAGGAGAGAAAAUGGUGGAAGAAGAAAUAGAAGAUUAGUGGAUAGAGCUGAAUCAGAUUUUCCAGAAUGCAACUCUCAUGCUCAUAGAGGGGCCUCUUGUUGUAGGUUCUUGGCUCUCAUUUUUUCGGUGGUUUUGUUGAUAAAGCAUGCGUUUGAUGUGGUCUACGGAACCGACGAGUAUCCCUUCACGGUUUUCACGGUUUUAGCAUUGAAGGCCAUUGGUAUACUAUUGCCAAUGCUCGUUAUCAUUCGGACCAUCGCAGCUAUUCAGAGCAGUCUCCGACAUCAAUUUCUCGAGUCUGAAGAAGAUACGUUGAGCUCUGGAGAAGAAGAUGAUGAUGGCUCGGAGGAGGAAGAGCAACAGCAACAUUUGGCUUGAUCUUUAUUUUUCUUUCUUCAGACCUCUUGUCUUUUUAUGAAAGCAUUAUGUUAAAGUCGCAACAUAAAAAAAUAGGAAUCGGUGACCACUAGCAAAUGUAAAUUAUGCUAAGAAUCAUAAGGAUUUUAAUCAAAAACCCAACAUAUAUAGAACAAGUUGUUGGAGGGACUUUUAAGCCAACAUGCGGAUAGAGAGAUAAACGGUAGCGAUCUAAAAGACAUAAAUACCCUAAAGCAAGAAGUUAAAAG